UCUGCCCACUAUGACUCGCUCCAAUGUGUUCACAUUGGAAAUGUCAGCCCGUGGUCUAUCUUGAUUUAGUUGUAAAAAGUCUUUGGUACAAUCAGGAUUUGUUGCCAGGAAAUCAGCGGCUGCAGCCAUGGUAACCUCUGAACGCUAAACAACGGGAAGUAGUUUUAAGCUAGCAAGCCAAAGUGGCGCGACUUUUUGGAGAAUUCGAUUCGAAGUCAAUAACACUUUCCUGGAAGGACCUCCUAAACGUGAUACUGCCAACUGUUUUUCUAGAGCUGACUUGUGCUUUUGGAUUUAGCUACUAGCUGGUUACAAGCCCUAGAUUUCUGUUGGAACGCCACGACCUCUGGCAAAAUACCCACAUUAGCCUUGUAGCUACUACUAACUCUAGCCAACACCCCUUGCUAAAAACUAUUCAUCAUGGCUUUUUAUGAAGUCUAUUCUCACCCUGCUUCAAUUAGAUACAAAACAAGCGUUUGCACCAAAGCCACGUUGUUUCUUGGUAUUGUCUUGUGUCUCACCUACAUCCCACCCCUCCUGGUUGCUUACAGGAGCCAAGGGUUCUGGGUAAAGAGGAGUACAUAUGAAGAGCAACCUGUUGUUCGGUUCCAGUACCAGGUUCUGAUAAUUGCAGCAACAAGCAGUAGUGGUGACUAUGUUGCAUGGAGCACCUUUCCCAAUUUUAAUAACAUGCAAGGGACUAACCUCAGAAUUCCUUCUAUCUCGGUGCGAGAGGAAGACCAGAAUCAGGAUGGGAAGUUGGACCGUUUGAAAUUCCAACUUGACCUUCCCCUUCGGUCUGAUGAACAAGUGUACAGCAUCCAGCUACUACUCACCUUCUCCUACCAGCUGUUUAGAAUGUCAACUGUGGUGAUGCAGACACUGGCCUUUGUGCAGCAUUCCUCUUCAGUUCCUGGCUCUCAGCUCUUCAUCAGUGGAGAUCUGCGGCUCCAGCAGAGAACCCCACUUCCACACCGUGGUCUACACACUGUAUACAAUGUAUCAGUAAUUGAUGGAGCAAGUCCGUUUGCAAGCGCAUAUGAUCUUGCCAACGUCAUUGGAUCCUAUCAGGAUAGAAACUUGACAACGGUUCUGUCCUGUCCAAGUCCAGUAUGGACUGUGGGUCGAGCUGCUGGUACUCCCUUCCAGAUAAAUGCUGAAGUCCGCUACCCAGUGGAGGUUAUCAGCUAUCGGCCUGGGUUCUGGGAGAUGAUCAAAUUUGCCUGGAUCCAGUACGUCAGUGUGUUGCUUAUCUUCCUCUGGGUUUUCAACAGGAUUCAGACCUUUGUUUUCCAGAAUCAGGUGCUGCCGACUGUACCUAUACCACUCUUGAAACAGCACCACUUUUGAUUCAAUGAAACUGUUCGCCUCCCAUACUGAGGUACUGUGGAGGGAAGAGGCCACAUCACCAAACAACUUACAGUACAAUGGCCAAAUGUUCAGAAGAUCAACACACACACAGGAUUCAGUAUUUUCCUUGCCUUUACAUAUACAUUUACUUAAACAUCACAAGUACACAUCGCUACACACAAAAGACAUUCAAAUAUUCAGCUUCAUCAGUCCUUUUACAUCUGUUGUGCUAAUGAACUGUUAUGGAAUGAUUGAUUUUCAGUUAGCUAUGUAACGUUAGCUGGUGCUGUGUAAAUGUUGAAAACAGAUUUGUGAUUAUUUGUGAAUGUGGAAAAGAAAUGUCUAGUUUUUUAUGAAUCAGUUUUAUUUUGUACAUAGCUCUUGGCACUGUUAAUAAAGCAGUGGUGGAAAAAGUA